AGGCGCUGCGCAAGCCGGCGGUGACAGUCCCUGCGCGUCCGGCCGCUGCCUACACCCGGGGCUGCAGGAAGGGGCGGGGAGAGGAGGGGCGUCCGCGCGCCGAGCCCUUUAAAAGCCGCCGCCGUGACAGCUGGGCCAGCACCGCGGUCCCCGCCUUUCGGGUUCCCACGCUCCCUGCUCGCGGGCCGCGGCGAGGCGGUGCGGCCCGGCGGGAGGCUUGCGCUCAGCGGCGGGACGCGCCAGGCCCGGCGCUCUCCAUGCGGCCGCCCACCAUGGCCGGGCACUUUCUGCUGGCGCCCAUCCCCGAGUCCUCCUCCGACUACCUCCUGCCCAAGGACAUCAAACUGGCCGUGCUGGGCGCCGGCCGCGUGGGCAAGAGCGCAAUGAUUGUGCGCUUCCUGACCAAGAGAUUCAUUGGCGAUUAUGAACCGAAUACAGGCAAGUUGUAUUCACGGCUUGUCUAUGUUGAGGGAGACCAGCUAUCCUUGCAGAUCCAGGACACUCCCGGGGUCAUCCAGGUCCAACACAGCCUCACCCAGAUGGUUGAUUCCCUGUCCAAAUGCAUGCAGUGGGCAGAAGGCUUCCUGCUGGUCUACUCCAUCACAGACUACAACAGCUACCAGUCCAUCCGCCCCCUUUACCAGCACAUCCGGAAGGUCCACCCUGACUCUAAGGCCCCAGUCAUCAUUGUGGGCAACAAGGGGGACCUUCUGCAUGCCCGGCAGGUGCAAACACAUGAUGGCAUUCAACUAGCCAAUGAGCUGGGCAGCCUGUUCCUUGAAAUUUCCACCAGUGAAAACUAUGAAGAUGUCUGUGAUGUGUUUCAGCAUCUCUGCAAAGAAGUGAGCAAACUGCACAGCAUCGGUGGGGAGAGAAGGAGAGCCUCCAUCAUUCCCCGGCCCCGCUCUCCAAACAUGCAAGAUCUGAAGAGACGGUUCAAGCAGGCUCUGUCUUCCAAAGCCAAAGCCCCCUCAGCACUGGGGUAAACCCAGCUCGGACUCAGCUCUUUUUUCUCAUGCAGCUGAAAAGACUGGAGCGGGUGGGGGGUCUCCCUUUUUAGUCACACGUUCAGAGUUUAUUUUUAUACAAACUAUUGUUUUUCAAGUGUAUGUGUAUUUCUGAAAAUUCAAACAGUGAUUGCCUCGAGGUUGGAUAGAGUUUUUUUUUAAUAAAAGAUUUUUUUUUUACUGUUACUGCUAGCCACUUUUCCAUUAAAGGCAAAAUGGCAACAUUG